CCGAGGCCCGGAAGGGGCCAGUCGCGCUUCCGUCUCCGCCGGGGCCGCACAGAGGGCGGAGCUGCGGCCCGAGGACGCGACGCGAGCCCAGUUCCGGCGAGGAGGCCGCGCCAGUGACAGCGAUGGCGGCGGAGUCGGCGCUCCAAGUUGUGGAGAAGCUGCAGGCGCGCCUGGCCGCGAACCCGGACCCCAAGAAGUUAUUGAAAUAUUUGAAGAAACUCUCCACUUUGCCUAUUACAGUAGACAUUCUUGCGGAGACUGGGGUCGGGAAAACAGUAAAUAGUUUUCGAAAGCACGAGCAAGUGGGAACCUUUGCCAGGGACCUAGUGGCCCAGUGGAAGAAGUUGGUUCCUGUGGAACGAAACAAUGAGACUGAAGAACAGGACUUUGAGAAGAGCAAUUCGCAAAAGCGCCCUCGGGAUGCUCUUCAGAGAGAGGAAGAAAUGGAGGAGGAUUACCAAGAAAAUUGGAAAGCCUCUGGCAGCCAGUCCUACAGCCCUGAUCAUAGACAGAAAAGACACAAAAAACUCUCAGAGCUUGAAAGGUCUCACAAAGUAUCUCACAGUCAUGAGAGGAGAGAUGAGAGAAAGAGGUGUCACAGAGUGUCACCAACAUAUUCUUCAGACCCUGAAUCUUCUGACUAUGGCCAUGUUCAGUCCCCCCCAUCUUCUGCCAGUCCUCAUCAGAUGUACAUGGACCAUUACAGGUCCCCAGAAGAGGACCAUGAGCCCAUUGUUCCACACCAGAAGCCUGGAAGAAGUCACAGUAAUGCCUUUCAGGACAGACUAGGGGUCAGUCAGGAACGGCACCUGGGUGAACCCCAGGGGAAAGGGGUUGUGAACCAAAACAAGGAGCACAAAUCUCCCCAUAAGGAAAAACGCCCUGUGGAUGCCAAGGGUAAUGAGAAAGCCUCAACUCUGGGCAGAGAGAAGUCACACAAGACCCUCUCCAAAGAGGAAAACCGAAGGCCACUGUCAGGGGACAACACCAAGGAGAAACUGCCCUCCAGUACUGUGAAGAAAGAAAAGGAAAGAGAAGGCAGCAGUCUCAAGAAGAAGUUUUCAUCUGGCAUGGAGGUUGCUUCAGACAACCACCUUAAAAAACCAAAACUCAAGGACUCAGAGAAAACCAAAUCUGACAGAAACAAGCAGCGUGUAGAUGGUGUAGACUCCAGAAAAGGGGUGGGAGACCUGUUGCCCAAAGCAAAAGAAAAGGUUUCUAACAGUUUAAAGGCUGAAGAAGGGAAAGUGAAAGCUUGUAAUUCAGGCAGAAAGUCACUGGGCUGGGCGCCUAAAGAAGAGGAGGCUGGCAUGGAUGAUGAAUUUGAGCAGCCCACCAUGUCAUUUGAAUCCUACCUCAGCUACGACCAGCCCCGGAAGAGAAAGAAGAAGGCUGUGAAGAGCUCAGCCACAGUACUCGGAGAAAAAGGACUUAGAAAAAGUGAAUCUAAAAGCACUACUAAGAACUUGAACCCAGCUCAGAAAUUACCCAAGGUGAAUGAAAACAAGUCAGAGAAGAUGCAGCUGGCUGGACCUGAUUCAGCCAGGCCAAGAAAGGUCCUCAUGGACGCGUUGCCAGUGUUGCCAGACCUCUCAUUACCCACAAUACAAGCCAAUUACCGUCCACUUCCUUCCCUCGAAUUGAUGUCCUCUUUCCAGCCAAAGCGAAAAGCAUUCUCUUCACCCCAGGAAGAAGAAGAGGCUGGAUUCACUGGACGAAGAAUGAAUUCCAAGAUGCAGGUGUACUCCGGUUCCAAGUGCGCCUACCUCCCUAAGAUGAUGACCUUGCACCAGCAGUGCAUCCGUGUACUUAAGAACAACAUCGACUCAAUUUAUGAAGUGGGAGGAGUCCCUUACUCUGUUCUUGAACCCGUCUUGGAGAGGUGUACACCUGAUCAGCUAUAUCGCAUAGAGGAAUGCAAUCACGUAUUAAUUGAAGAAACAGAUCAAUUAUGGAAAGUUCAUUGUCACCGAGACUUUAAAGAAGAAAGGCCAGAAGAGUAUGAGUCAUGGCGGGAGAUGUACCUGCGGCUUCAGGAUGCCCGAGAGCAGCGGUUACGAGUACUAACAAAGAAUAUCCGAUCUGCACAUGCUAAUAAACCCAAAGGCCGGCAAGCAAAGAUGGCCUUCGUCAACUCUGUGGCCAAGCCACCUCGUGAUGUCCGACGGAGGCAGGAGAAGUUUGGAACAGGAGGGGCAGCAGUCCCUGAGAAAGUCAGGAUUAAGCCAGCUCCAUACACGACAGGAAGCAGCCAUGUUCCCGCCAGCAGCAGCAACAACUUUAACGCCAGUCCUGAGGAGCCCACCUAUGAUGGCCCCAGCACCAGCAGUGCCCACUUGGCACCGGUGGUCAGCAGCACUGUUUUCUAUGAUCCUAGGAAACCAGCUGUGAAAAAAAUUGCCCCGAUGAUGGCCAAGACAAUUAAAGCUUUCAAGAAUAGAUUCUCCCGACGAUAAACUGAGCACUUGCCUUGGAGAUGAAAUUUGGGGAGCAGGAAUACAGGGACAAUGGGGGCUAGGGAAGGGGCCUUCCAAAGGAGACCGGGAUCUUUUACUUUGUGGAACCUUUUGGUCUCUGCAACCUGCAUCUGCAGGGGUCUUCCCUGUGUGCCACAGCCCCGCGCCCUGCUUGGAGCACACUUCAGAUUUCUGAAGACGAUGUGAAGCCUCAGUCUUACUGAGGAUUUUAAGGUCAAUUAUUCUUUUGUUGCUAAUUAGCAUCUUUGUAAACGAUAAGGCAUAGUUUUAAUUAAUAAAUAUUGCCCCCAGAUUGUAUUUAUAUUA